CUCCACGCUCUGCAUACUCCUUACCUGAGCCAGUGAGGCGCCUCGCUUCACGCACACAGUUUCCUUCCAAACUUUCUCCCUCGUCGCAGGUGGUAACUCCGGGCCUGGCCGGGGGGAUGGAGGCGGCGGCCAACUGCUCGCUGCGCGUGAAGCGGCUGCUCUUGGACCCCAAGUUCGAGGGCUACAAGCUCUCCCUGGAGCCGCUGGCCUGCUACCAGCUGGGGCUGGACUCGGCUGUAGCAGAAGUGAAACUUCGAGAUGAUCAGUAUACCCUGGACCACAUGCGUGCCUUUGGCAUGUAUAAUUACCUACAUCUUGAUUCUUGGUACCAGGAUAAUGUCUACUAUGUUGAUCAACUUGGAAGGGUUAUGAAUUUAUCAGUGACUCUGGACACUGCCUUUCGAAAGCCGAGAGAAGUAUUCAGGCUACCUUCAGACGUGACAGCUUGUGAUAAUCGCCUUUGUGCAUCAAUACACUUUUCAUCUUCUACCUGGGUUACCAUUUCAGACGGAACAGGAAGUUUGUUUCUUAUUAAAACGGGCAAACGUGGAGAUGCUGCAUCUGAAAAGUGGGAGAUUAUGUUUAAUGAAGAACUUGGGAGUCCCUUUGUUAUAGCCCACAGUGUUUCCUUUGUAAAGUCAGAUGUGCAUUCAGUAGCUGGGCUUCUGCUUCGAGUAGAAAAAGAUGAACUGGAUGCAAAAGGAAGUGGCUUCCAUGUGUCCUUGGAAUGGGUUACAAUCACAGAAGUAGACCAAGAGGAUAAUCAAAGAUAUGAGAUCUUCAAGCGCAGAGUUCUCCAAGGAAAGUCAGUCCCUCAUUAUGCAGCUAUAGAGCCAGAUGGGGAUGGUCUAAUGAUUGUCUCCUACAAACCCUUCAAAUUUAUGCAGGAUGAGGAAAAUCAGCUUGAAAAAAAGGAAGAUGGGAAAAUAGCAGAUAAAAAGAAAGACCCUGUCUAUUAUUGGCAACAGACUGAAGAUGAUUUGACAGUAACAAUUCAUCUUCCACAAGACAUCACUAAAGAUGACAUACAAGUACAGUUUUCUCCUGAUCAUAUCAUUGUAGCAUUGAAAAGUCAGCCUCCUUUGGUGGAAGGAAAACUCUGUUCAUCUAUUGACCAUGAAAGCUGCACAUGGAUAAUUAGAGAUAAUAGGUUUAAAACUGAAGGUAAAAAUACCUAUCUCGCUGUGAUGACACUUUACUAUGCAGUCAAUUUUAGUAUAAUAUUGUGUAUCAGGUAUUCCAGAUUUUCAGUGCAUUUAAUUGUUUUCUGGUUUCAGAAUCCAAACCCUGACAAAGAAAACCCUCCUUGUAAUGCACAGGAAUUGGAGGAAUGUGAUAUUUUUCUUGAAGACAGCACAAGCUUAUGCAGAUUUGAUGGUAACACCUUGAAAAUCACUCAUGUGGUAAAUCUUGGAAGCAACCAGUAUCUCUUCUCAGCAGUGGUGGAUCCCAAAGAAAUGCCUUGCUUCUGUUUACGGCAUGAUAUUGAUGCUCUUCUCUGGCAGCCACGCUAUGACCAACCGGACAAUAUGUGGGAGCACAUUGCAACUUUCAAUGCUUUAGGUUAUGUCCAAGCAUCAAAGGAAGACAAGAAAUUCACCGCUUGUCCUCCAAAUUAUUCCUAUGCUGCUAUUUGUGAGUGCCUGCGUCGAGUGUUCAUCUAUCGACAGCCCACUCCUCUGUCCACUGUUCUCUACAACAGGAAGGAGGGAAGACAAGUAGGGCAGGUUGCUAAGCAGCUGGUAGCAACUCUGGAAGCCAGUGAUCCUAUCUUGGGCUUUCAAGCUACAAAUGAGAGAUUAUUUGUUCUCACAACAAAAUCCUUGUUUUUAAUAAAGGUAAACACUGAAAAUUAAUUAUCCAAUAUGUCAUGUUGACUUGGAUGUAUUCACAAUUGGUCUGAGAAAUGAUGAGAUAUUAGCUAAAAAGUUCAAUCACAUACUACUGAAGUUGAAGUAAAAUAUCAUAUGUAGCCUGUUUAAUUUUUAAAAGGACAACCAAAAUAUGUUCACCGGAACUUGUCUCUGUGCCCAGUUGGAUAAAGCUUUUCAACUCCAUUGUCACUGAAUUUUUGUGGGAACUUCCAAUUCUGUGGAAAAGUGCAAGAAAACUGUCUGUGCUAGCAGCAUUUUAAUCAGUUACCAGAGUCAUGUGUGAAAUGAUCCAUCCAUACAUUGCUUUUUUCAUACAGUUUUUCUACCACACUUCUGCCAUUCAAGAAGAUCUUGAGUAUUCACUUAUUUCUAUUUUAUAUAAUUGCCACACUCUCUCUGUGGGUAUUAUUCAGAUGUAAUAAAACAAAGCCUUGUUUUAUUACAAGUUUAUAUAAACGCAAGGCAAAGAUCACACUUUAUACAAAUAGAUAUUUUACAGAGCCAUUUAAAUUAUUUUUGAAAAUUUUAGUCUCAGUAUAUGUUUAAAUGUCUUUACUUAGUAUUAGCAAAUCAUGGCUCAUUGGCUAAAUGAUGGUGUGUUGGGGCAUCUGCUUUUCUCAGGCAUAUUUUUUAUUCAGGUCAAAUAACCGUAUUAUAUACAUGCAGUUGUAGUAAUCUGAUUGAGACACAUUUGUGCUUCCCAUUAAAUCUUCAAACAUUUUAAAAACUUAAAAACUAAAAUAGUUUUGGUAGCUUUCUCUUGGGGACAGAGGAAGAGAGAAGAAAACAUUUGUCUGUGGAUGAAAUUUAAAAUGGCACAGGUUGAAGUACAGUUGUGAGAUUCCAAGUUUGUACAUCAGUUACUUCCACAUGAAAUCUGAUCCUUUACCACUAAAUCAUGGGCAUAUUACUUGACAGUCAAACUUAACCUGAGAUACUAAACUCAAGCUGUGCUGCUUCUGCCUUAUACUUCGUCACCAUGAAUAUAGAUUCUGCAAUUAGGGUUUAAUUAACCAUUAUCCCCUCAUAUUCCUAUAACUAUACUGGAUAUGCUCAGCUUACAGGAGUAAGGUUUAAGAAAGAGGUGCUGGUUUUACCUAGUGGCCUUGCUGACCAUAACAAUGUAAGGUUCUGUUUAACAAAUAUAUAUAUAUUUGUCAAAAGUUCGAUCUACAGAAUUUUUUAACAUCUUUAAAGAGACAUUGCCAACAUGGUGAAGAUGAAAAACUGGUUGGUCUUGAACUCCUCCCUGUUUUAGAUUUUUGCUUAAGAUUCCUAAGCAAAGUAUCUCUUUCAGCUGAUAUCUUUCAUGAAGUUUAAAAGUAACGUAAAAAACAUGUGACUUCUAUAAACUGAACAGUGAAUUUGUGUUAUGUCGUCCUCCAUGUUGUUGCAUAUCUUUUUCUACAUUAUUUCAGAUUAUAGCAAAUAUUAGAAGGAAAUGUCUCCGCUCGGGAGGACAUAACAGAGACGCUUCUAGGCAUGACCAUCUUGAUUGUACCCAGGAGCUCAUGAAAGUUUUGAUUUGCAGACCCAUGUCAGUGAAAUGAGAGUGAAUAAAAUGGUAAAUUCUUAAAAAGCAGAGGUGUGAUCACAGAGUGCAAGUCUGCUCUUCUGAUGAAGAUUUAAGGGGUCUGAUUCUCAUCUUGCUUACAUCAGUUUUACACCACUGUACAUCUAUUAAUUUCAGGAGUUACUCUUUCCAAUGGAAAAGAGAACACAAUUGGGCCCAACCUCCAUAAUAUCUCUUUACUUUUACUAUCUAUAAAACAGAAAAAAAUCUUUAAUAUUCUGUUAUCUAGAAUAUGUAGUUUCAUGUGUGUCCUACUUCUGAAUUUUCACUGAGUAAAUAAGCAAUGUCAAAAACAAUAUGGUAUUAUUAUAAUCUUUUUUAGACUGCUUUGCUUUAUACUAACUCCAAGUGCAUGCAGCAAAGAAUAGUUGGAUUCGUUUCUUCUCAGCCUAAGUGAAAUUGAGAUUUGUACACAUCUGAGUUCAGAUCUCCCAAAACAUAACCAGCUGGAAUACAUCAUGCAGAAAGAGUCAGCUCAUAUGGGAGGAAAUGUAUCAGUCAGAUCAACUGUGAAACUGGAUUUCUUCAAUGGAGGGAAGCUCCAGGAUAAACUAAUAAUAAUUCAACUAUUUCAUAUAAAAUUACACUUACUAAGACUUAGAUAGCUAAAAGCUAAUUUCCAUUAUCUUCUGGACAGAUUAAGCAAAGCCAAGUACAAUUGUCACCUUCAUAGCCUUAGUUAUAACAAAUAGUAAGGGAAAGGAUGCUGCUAGAAUGUUCUGAGCUUCAAACAAGAUCACAUUUACUCAGCAGCAAAACUGAUUAAAGUGGAAAAAGUGUUCCUCCUUUUUCUGAAUACUCUGCUCACUUGUUAACAAUGGGAAUGGACCCUGAAAUGUAUUCUGCUCAAAAAACUUGCAUAGAAUAAUGUUUCCAUGUCCUUCUAAAGAGUUAAGAGUAUUGUUUAUUAUUUAAAACACAUCAAUUGCCUUGAUGAGCCAUACAUGCUGAUAUAAAUCAACCUACUUUUCUGCUAAAAAAAAAAUAAAUCCAUAAUUAAAUGGUUGCCAGUUGCAGAGCCAUAUUUGUUACUUUCGCAUUCCCAUUUUACAUUCAUUUUAUUUCGAGGCUUAUAUCUGUCAUAUGCUACCACAGACUCAGACAUAGUAGAAUGUGAUUAUUCAAAAUGUAUGGCGUGUGGUCACCUGAUUUUGUGCGAGGUUUUUGUUUUGGCUGAGAAUCUGCACCUACCAUGGAGCUCUCAUUUUGUACAGCUCUUUAUGAAUGCCCCAUCCUGCAAGCAAAUGUGGAUGCUAUUUACAAAAUGUCGGUUGUUAUAGGUGCAAAUAAUCCAUUUCAAAUACUCUUUUUGUAAUGUUCCCUCUGCCUGGAUGUGUAUAACUGAAAUAUGUAUUACUCUGCAAGUUAAAAAUAAUUAAAACAUUAAAUUCAUAAAUAAAACUUU